CUUGCGAAAUGCAAUCUAUGUAGGCAGCUUCUGAAGUAACUAAGAGGUGUGAAGGCAGUAGUUUUGUUAAUAUAAGUCUGUAACGUAGAAAUAAACAUUUAAAUUAAUUUUAUCAUCUCUGAAACUCACAUGAAAUCAAACGUUAUGGAAAAGCUGUAUAAACAGUUAUAUUUCUUCUGCUUUCUUUUCGGAAUCUCUUUGUUUGUGCAAGACGUGAAAACUGAAGAAAAUUGCAAAUGUAAAAUGUGUCCAUCUUCGAUUGAUGCCCGAGCUCACUGUGAGUGUUGUGUAUGGCAUUAUCUGGGAAAAAGACAGUCAAUGAAUUCCAAUGAAGAACUUGAUAAUUACUUCCUGCAAUUAGCAACAGAUAAAAACACACAAGUUAAACUAACGAAACGCCAUUUCGUUAUGACGAGAAUGAGAACCAGAGCAGAAUAUUAACAAAUGAUGAAGUUUAAUAAAAGAAAGUUAAAAUAACUGGAAAAAAAAUUUCUGUAAGAAAUUAA